UUCACUACAACCUGCCCGAGCCUUGUAAUCAGAUCAAGGUCCAGGAAGAGCAGCAGCGGGAAAGCCCAUCUCCCAGAGGCAGGAAUCUCAGGAAUUCCUGAAAUCUGAGCUUUUUGGGCUUCUGCGCGGGGAAGGUGCAGUCAGAGCCGCGCGUCCCGGGACGACAGAUGCCCCGCGCCUCCACCUGGCCGCCCUGGACUAUAUCGCGACAGUGAGGCGACAGCGCUGAUCACGCCUGCCCCCGCACGCUCCAGCCGCCCAUGGAGGGUCGCCUCCUGUGACUUGGCUCCCCGCUCGGUGUGCUGACAAGCCGGGACCAUGUUCCAGUUUGAGCCCGGGUACAUGGAGGCGCCGCGGCCCUCCUCUCCGCUGCUCUCGCCCGCAGCCUUCGUCAACUCCGUACAGUACGCCAACGUGCUGGAGGGAAGAUUCAAACAGCUCCAAGAUGAACGUGAAGCAGUCCAAAAGAAAACCUUUACAAAAUGGGUCAACUCUCACCUUGCCCGGGUCACUUGUAGGAUUUCUGACCUGUACAAUGACCUGCGAGAUGGAAGGAUGCUGAUCCGACUGCUGGAAGUCCUCUCUGGGGAACAACUGCCCAAGCCCACCAAGGGUCGUAUGCGUAUUCAUUGCCUUGAAAAUGUCGACAAAGCACUACAGUUUUUAAAGGAACAAAAAGUCCAUUUGGAGAACAUGGGAUCCCAUGACAUUGUGGAUGGGAACCACAGGCUGACUCUAGGACUCAUUUGGACCAUCAUCCUCCGUUUUCAGAUUCAAGAUAUCAGUGUUGAGACGGAAGAUAAUAAAGAGAAGAAGUCCGCUAAGGAUGCGUUAUUACUAUGGUGUCAAAUGAAGACUGCUGGGUAUCCAAAUGUUAACGUUCACAACUUCACGACAAGUUGGCGUGACGGGCUGGCAUUUAAUGCGAUCGUGCACAAACACAGGCCAGAUGUUAUUGACUUUGACACUCUGAAGAAAUCCAAUGCUCACCACAACUUGCAGAACGCAUUCAACACUGCUGAGCGAGAGCUGGGCCUCACUAAGCUUCUGGAUCCUGAAGAUGUAAAUGUCGACCAACCAGAUGAGAAGUCCAUCAUUACUUAUGUGGCAACGUUCUACCACUACUUCUCAAAGAUGAAGGCCCUGGCAGUGGAGGGGAAACGUAUUGGCAAGGUUCUGGACCAUGCAAUUGAAGCGGACCAGCUUAUUGAGAAUUAUGAGCGCCUGGCAUCGGAGCUUCUCCAAUGGAUUGAGCAGAUGAUCAUUACUCUCAAUGAUCGAAAGUUGGCGAACUCCUUGACUGGUGUUCAAAACCAGCUUCAAGCCUUCAACACUUACCGAACGGUAGAGAAGCCUCCCAAGUUCACAGAGAAAGGAAAUUUGGAAGUUCUCCUCUUUACCAUACAGAGUAAAAUGAGAGCAAACAAUCAAAAGGUCUAUACUCCAAGGGAAGGAAAACUUAUAUCUGAUAUAAACAAGGCCUGGGAGCGCCUGGAGAAGGCAGAACAUGAACGAGAGCUUGCCUUGCGCAACGAGCUGAUUCGCCAAGAAAAAUUGGAGCAGUUGGCAGCUAGAUUUGAUCGGAAGGCAGCCAUGAGAGAAACCUGGUUAAGUGAGAACCAGCGUCUUGUCUCACAGGAUAACUUUGGUGUGGACCUUGCUGCAGUUGAAGCUGCCGUGCGGAAACAUGAAGCUAUUGAGACAGAUAUUAUUGCCUACAGCGAACGUGUACAAGCAGUAAAUGCAGUUGCCAAUGAACUAGAGGCAGAGAAUUAUCAUGACAUUAGAAGAAUUUUGGCUCGUAAGAAUAAUGUGACCCGUUUAUGGGAUUAUUUAAGGGAGCUGGUUGCAGCCAGGCGCCGAAGACUCUUGAUGAACCUAGAACUUCAAAGAAUGUUCCAAGAUCUGAUGUAUCUCAUGGACUGGACAGAUGAUAUGAAGGGCCGUCUUCAGUCUGAAGAUUAUGGAAAACACCUUCAUGGCGUAGAAGAUCUUCUACAAACUCAUACACUAGUGGAGGCUGACAUUGCUGUUCAGUCAGAACGCGUAAAAUCAGUUGGCGCUGUUGCACAAAAAUUCAUGACUGAUGAUGAAGAUUACAAACCAUGUGACCCAGAGUUGGUACGAAAGCGUGUACAGCUUUUAGAACAGCGAUAUGCAGAAUUGUGCAAUCUAUCUGCAGCUCGAAGGUCUAAACUAGAGGAGUCUAGGAGACUUUGGAAAUUCUUCUGGGAUAUGGUUGAAGAGGAAGCUUGGAUCCGAGAACAAAGUCGCCUUCUAAUGUCUGAUGACUAUGGUAAAGAUAUUACCAGCUCCUUAAGGUUAAUCAGCAAGCAUAAUGCUUUCCGUGAUGAAAUGAGUGGGCGUUACGGGCCACUGCAACAGACAGUAGCUGAAGGUGAAGAACUUGUAGCACAGGGUCACUUUGGAGCCAGAGAAAUUGAAGAGAAAAUAUUGGAAGUUAAAGAACAAUGGAAGCAGCUUGAAGCUUUGGCUGAAGACAGGGAACAGAAAUUGAGGGAAGCCUAUAGUUACUACCAGUUCCAAGCUGAUGCCAAUGAUGCUGAGGUUUGGAUUCUAGACACUUUGAGACUUGUUUCAACUAAUGAUGUAGGCCAUGAUGAAUACUCAACACAAAGGUUAAUUAAGAAACACAAAGAUAUGGAAGAGGAGAUACUCAAUCACCGACCAGCUAUCGAUACUCUACAUGAACAAGCCAGUAGUUUGCCAACAACAUACUCUCAUUCUCCAGAGGUUGAUGGAAGACUUCCUGCUUUGGAGCAACGUUAUGAUGAGCUGGUGACUUUGGCUGCUCAUCGUAAGCAGGCCCUUCAAGACUCACUAGCUCUUUAUAAAAUGUUUAGCGAAGCAGAUGCUUGCAUACUUUGGAUAGAUGAAAAAGAACAGUGGCUAAACGGAAUGGAGAUCCCAGAGAAACUUGAAGAUCUGGAAGUUGUCCAGCAAAGGUUUGAAACGCUCGAGGCAGAAAUGAACAGUUUGGCAUCAAGAAUCGCCUCUGUAAAUGAAGUGGCUGGGCAGCUGCUGAACACUGACCACAGAAAUGAAGACAGUAUCCGGAAUAUGCAAGAUCAGUUAAACUCCCGAUGGAAUCAUUUCCGUCAACUUGUUGGUCAGAAGAAAAUUGCUCUUGAUUCUGCCCUUGAAAUUCAGAAUUAUCACCUGGAAUGUAAUGAGACAGUGUGCUGGAUGAGAGAAAAGACUAAGAUCAUUGAAUCCACACAGAGCCUGGGCAAUGAUUUGGCAGGAGUUACUGCGCUCCAGCGUAAACUUACUGGUAUGGAACGUGACCUAGAAGCCAUACAAAAGAAAGUAGGUGACCUCCAUACUGAAUCAGAAAAACUUGCUUCAGAACAUCCACAAAAAGCCCCUGCUAUAGCUGGUGAUCUCUCUGAGAUAGAUGAGACAUGGGAUGAAUUGAAGGACACAAUGAAAAGAAGAGAAGAAACUUUAGGUGAAGCAAGCAAGCUGCAAGGCUUUUUGCGUGAUCUAGAUGACUUCCAGAGCUGGUUGUCACGAGCACAAACUGCAGUUGCGUCUGAGGAUGUUCCUGCUGAUUUGGUUGAGGCAGAGCGUUUGCUUGCACAGCAUGAAAGCAUUAGAAAUGAAAUUGAGCGCUAUGGAGCGGACUACAAACGAAUAAGGGAGGUUGGUGAGGAGGUAACUCGUGGUCAGACAGAUGCCCAAUAUAUGUUUCUGCAGCAGAGGUUGAAAGCACUGGAUACAGGCUGGAAUGAGUUGGGACAAAUGUGGGAAAACAGGCACCAACUGCUUUCUCAGGGUUACAGCUUCCAAGUGUUCCUGAGAGACACCAAGCAAGUGGAAGGUUUCCUAAAUAACCAGGAGUACGUUCUAUCCCAUACGGAAAUGCCAACUACCCUCCAGGCAGCAGAAGCUGCAAUCAAGCGUCAUGAGGACUUUAUGACCACCAUGGAUGCUAAUGAUGAAAAAAUACGUGGUCUAGUAGAAUCAGGAAAGAAGCUAAUUCAAGAGGAAAAUGUAAAUUCUGAGAAGAUUCAGGAAAAAGUCACAUCCAUUGAUGAAAGACACAAGAAAAACAGAGCAACAGCUAAUGAUGUUCUAUCUCGACUGAAGGACAAUCGUGAUCUACAACAUUUCCUUCAGGAUUGUCAAGAGUUGACUCUGUGGAUUAAUGAAAAGAUGUUGACGGCUCAAGAUGUCUCUUAUGAUGAAGCUCGUAACCUUCACAGCAAAUGGCAGAAGCAUCAAGCCUUUAUGGCUGAACUGGCAUCAAAUAAAGACUGGCUGGAUAAAAUAGACAAGGAAGGGCAGCAGCUCAUUGCCGAAAAACCAGAACUUGAAGCAGUUGUGCAAGAGAAGCUGGAUUCCCUCCAUGCUCUUUGGAAUGAACUGGAAUCCACCACCCAAAGCAAAGCACAGUGCCUGUUUGAUGCCAACCGGGCAGAGCUGUUCACACAAAGUUGCUCUGCAUUAGAGAGCUGGUUACAAACUCUUGAGGGCCAGCUUCAGUCUGAUGAUUAUGGAAAAGACCUCACCAGUGUGAACAUACUAUUAAAAAAGCAACAGAUGCUGGAGAACCAGAUGGAAAUCCGGGAAAAGGAACUAGAGGCUAUCCAGAGCCAGGCUCAGGCACUUGGCCAGGAAGAUGCCAACAUAGUAGAAGUAGACUCAAAGAACAGGACAGUUGCCACGAAAUUCUCAGAACUACGUGCCCCACUUGAUGAGCGGAAAAACCUGUUGCUGGCAUCGAAGGAGGGACACCAGUUUAAUAGAGAUCUGGAAGAUGAAAUUCUCUGGGUGAAGGAGAAGAAGCCAUUGGCCAUUUCUACAGAGCAUGGGAAGGAUCUGCCAUCUGUGCAGCUGCUUAUAAAGAAAAACCAGACACUGCAAAAAGAGAUCCAAGGACAUCAGCCACGGAUUGAUGAUAUUUUAGAAAGGGGGAAAUCUAUGGUCAAGAACAGUGCCCUAGAUGCUCAGGAGAUAGGCGAGAGGCUGGAGUUGCUGGGGAGCACAUGGGAGGAGCUUACCACAGAAGCCGCAAAGCGCCACGCUCGUCUCGAAGAAUCUCAUGCCGCUCAACAGUUUUAUGCUGAUGCCGCAGAGGCUGAAGCGUGGAUGGGCGAACAAGAGCUGCACAUGAUGUCAGAAGAGAAGGCCAAGGAUGAGAUUGGUGCUCAGGCGAUGCUGAAGAAACACUUGGUGAUGGAGCAGGCUCUUGAUGAUUAUGCUGAAACCAUUCACCAACUAGCCAACUCCAGCAGAGAAAUGGUCUCCAGAGGCCACCCAGAAAGUGACCGGAUUACCUUGCGUCAAGGGCAAGUUGACAAGUUGUAUGCUAGUCUGAAGGACCUGGCAGAAGAGAGAAGAGGGAAGCUGCAGGAACACCAGAGACUCUGCCAACUUAGGAGAGAUGUGGAAGACCUGGAGCACUGGAUCUCUGAGCGGGAAGUUGUGGCAGCUUCCCAUGAGUUGGGCCAAGAUUAUGAGCAUGUGACCAUGCUGAGAGAUAAAUUCCGUGAAUUCUCUCGUGAUACAAGUAACAUUGGACAGGAACGUGUGGAUGCGGUCAACCUUAUGGCUGAUGAUCUGAUUUCCUCUGGACAUUCUGAGAAUGCCACUGUGGCGGAAUGGAAGGAUGGGCUUAAUGAAGCCUGGGCUGACCUUCUAGAAAUGAUCGAUACACGUAGUCAGAUGUUGGCGGCCUCCUAUGAGCUUCACCGCUUCUACCAGGAUGCCAGAGAAACUCUCGGCCAGAUACAGGACAAACAGAAGCAAAUACCAGAAGAGACUGGAAGAGACCUCAACACGGCAGAAGCCAUGCAGCGCAUGCACACCACAUAUGAACAUGAUAUACAAGCCCUUAGUGCACAAGUAAAGCAGGUCCAGGAGGAUGCUGCUCGUCUCCAGAAAGCUUACGCUGGUGAAAAGGCUGCAGACAUCCACAGGCAUGAACAGGCAGUCACUGAAGCCUGGGGUGAACUGCAGGAAGCAAGCGGUGCUCGCCGCCAGCUUCUGCUGGACACCGUGGAGAAAUUUCGCUUUUUCCGGAUGGUUAGAGAUCUUAUGCUAUGGAUGGAUGAUAUUAAUCUUCAGAUUGAUGCUCAAGAAAAACCACGGGAUGUAUCUUCAGCUGAUCUAGUAAUUAAAAAUCACCUGAGCAUUAAAGCAGAGGUGGAUGCCCGAGCAGACAGCUUUACCACCUGCAUAGACCUUGGAAACUCUUUGCUAGAGAAGAAUCACUAUGCAUCUGACAAGAUCUCUGAGAAACUAGAACAGUUGCAAGAAAGACGGCAGGAGACAGAAAACAAAUGGAAAGAUAAAAUGGAAUGGUUACAAAUAGUACUCGAGGUGCUAAUGUUUGGAAGAGAUGCCAAUGUUGCUGAGGCAUGGCUUUCCGGUCAGGAACCUAUUGUCCGGUCCUCAGAGCUGGGAACCAAUGUAGACGAGGUGGAGAACCUGAUAAAGAGGCACGAGGCUUUCCAAAAAUCUGUAUGCACUUGGGAUGAACGAUUCUUACUUUUGGAGAAGCUAACAACGUUGGAAGAGCUUGAGCUGAAAAGGAGAAGAGAAGAGGAAGAGAGGAAACGAAGGCCUCCGACUCCACCUCCAGCUGAGCCAAAACAAGAAGAGAUUUUACAGGAACAGAAUCAUCAAAUGUUGGUGGAAGAUCAUUCAAUUCCUGUCAAUGUUCUGCAAGAAAGGCUACAAAGCUUGCAAACUGAACAGGCUUCCGUUAAUGGGUUGUAUACAGACUCUGAUUCUCCGCAGCCAUCAACUGACAUGAGGCGGAUAGACGACAGCUUAUCUGAAAACCAGGGGUAUGACACAUCAGAUGCUGUAAAAGCAGAUUUACUUCCAAAGGAUGGCAGCCCGCCCCCCUCGCCACAGACCCAGUCACGCCCAACAUUCACAGCUAUAAAUCUUCAGACCGCCACUUUACCAAUCAGCAGUCCUGAACCUUUCUCUUCGGAGCAGAUGGAAGGAAUGCUGCACCGCAAACAGGAAAUGGAGUCUCAUGCCAAGAAGGCGGCCAAUAGGUCCUGGCAAAAUGUUUACUGUGUUCUGAAAAAAGGCAAUUUGGGAUUCUAUAAAGAUGCAAAGAGUGCAAGCAGUGGUAUUACUUAUCAUGGAGAGGUUCCUGUCCUACUUGCUGGAGCACUGUGUAGUGUGGCACAUGAUUACAAGAAACGCAAGAAUGUCUUCAAAGUCAGUUUAUCAGAUGGGAAGGAAUAUCUUUUCCAAGCAAAAGAUGAAGCCGAGAUGAGCACUUGGAUGCGAGUGAUCAAUGCUUCAAUGUCUCCCUCGACUAGUGAGACUUCUGACCGUUCUCCAGGGAUUCCCAAGGGAAUGACCCGGGCUUUGACAAUGCCUCCUGUGUCUCCAAAUAAUGCCACUGAAGGCACGGUGACAUUGCGUAAUAAGGAAGGAAAAGAGAAGGACAGAGAAAAGCGAUUUAGUUUCUUUAAGAAGAAAUAAAUACCAUGAUGCUCAUCAGAACACUUUACUCUAUUCAAAUCAUUACUGCAAAUAAGGCCCAGUCACGCCAACAGCAUGGGACCUGUAGGCAAUCGUGCGGCUUGGGUGGUUGUGUGGGUAAAUUAAAAAGGAAAAAAAAAAAAGACCAUAGCAUUUUAUAUACAUAUAUAUAAAACUAUAUAUGCAUAACAUGCACCUCCUGACUCAGACUUUGAGACCCUUACAAUGCAACCUGCUGGAUCCCAAACAGAAGGUCCGUUUGCACUGAACACCGUUGAAACGUGGCUUUGAGGCAUGUGAGCCAUUCUUGAGGGAGUCAUCAAUUCAUCAUUAUUAAAUUCUUUCGUCUUGAUGGGGUCUUUGAUUGUCUCUGUGCGCAUGCCCAGCCAUAACCUCUGACACGACAUCAAACGUUAGAGAAGCAGUGCACAUAUUGCAGCGUGUUAUGGAGAUGCAAUAAACUAAAAACACCGAUGUGUUAUGCCUAUGAUGUAAAUGGAAAGGUUAUUACGUGAAUAAACACAGCCUCCAUAAUCGUGACCUUCUUACAUACACAAUGCUGCCUGAUACCACACACGCUGUAUAAAUAUUAAUAUGUUUGAAAUUUGCAAUUACACAGACUGUGCCGCAGAUCUGUAAUGAAGACGUUUCACCAGUAGAUAA